UCCAACGCGUUUUGGCCGAUGUUUUUAGUUCUAGCUACAUUGACCAGAGUCAUACAGAGCACCGCUUUCGGGGGCUGGGACUAAUAAUAUUUUAUACAUUGUUGAAAUGGGUCUUUUAGAUAGGCUAAGGAAGGAGUGGUUCAUUAUAGGAAUAGUGCUUGUGAUCACCUUAGCAAGGCUGGAGCCUUCUGUAGGGGUGAAGGGAGGACCCCUGAAGCCUGAGAUCUCAAUCACAUAUAUUGCUGUAUCUGCAAUAUUUUUUAACAGCGGACUCUCAUUAAAAACAGAGGAGCUAACCAGUGCUUUGAUGCAUGUGAAGCUUCACAUUUUUGUCCAGAUCUUCACACUCGUAUUUUUUCCUGCUGCAAUAUGGCUUUUCCUACAAAUCUUAUCAUUAACCACCAUCAAUGAAUGGCUGUUAAAAGGGUUGCAGACUGUUGGCUGUAUGCCUCCUCCUGUGUCCUCUGCUGUAAUUUUGACCAAAGCUGUUGGUGGAAAUGAGGCUGCUGCUAUAUUCAAUUCCGCCUUUGGAAGUUUUCUGGGUAUUGUCGUAACUCCACUUUUACUGCUACUUUUUCUUGGGUCUUCCUCUUCUGUGCCUUUCACAUCCAUAUUCUCACAGCUGUUUAUGACAGUAGUGGUCCCUCUCAUAGCUGGACAGAUCAUCCGCAGGUUCAUUAAGGAAUGGCUGGAGAGGAACAAGCCUCCUUACGGUGCUAUCAGCAGCUGUGUGCUCCUCAUGAUUAUCUACACGACAUUCUGUGGCACUUUCUCCAACCCUAUCGACUUGGAUAAGUUCAGUCUGAUCAUAGUGGUGUUCCUCAUAUUUUUCAUCCAGCUCAGCUUCAUGCUUUUAACAUUCAUCUUUUCUACAGGGAAAAAAUCAGGAUUCACUCCUGCAGACACAGUGGCAAUUAUGUUUUGCGCUACACACAAAUCCCUCACUUUAGGGAUUCCAAUGCUGAAGAUAGUGUUUGAAGGCUAUGAGCAUCUUUCCUUAAUCUCGGUCCCGUUGCUGAUCUACCACCCCGCACAGAUUCUGCUGGGCAGCGUGCUGGUUCCAACGAUAAAGUCUUGGAUGGUCAAAAGGCAAAAGGCACUGAAGUUAACAAAGCUGCAACCUGUAUAACAAGAAAUCCUUUUUUACCCCUCGAGGAAUGUGCAUAGAAUGGAACACUCAGCGACCCUAAUGAAUGCGUUCGGGACCUUUUGCGUCUUUAACAUCUGCGUUUCAAGUGCCUUAACAGAUCCAGCUAGGAACACGAUCUGGGUUUUAAACCAGCAGGUUUGGUCCUGUAGAGGGUCUUUCUGAUGACCUUUCUUUUUUUAUACAUCUAUAUAUUUUUUAUAUGUAAAUAUCAAGAUAUAAUGAAGAAUAAUCCAGGGAGUUGAUUCCAUGGCUUCUGCUGUCUGUUGAACUAUUGAGACAUUUGUAAAAAAAAGGUGAAGAAUUUUCUAAAUCAUUAAGAAUGAGUGGGCUUCAAUGAUUCAAGUUUUUUUUUUUAUGUGUGUAUUUUGAUCUGUGUAUUUUGAUUGACUGUAAAAAUUAUUCAAUAUGACAUUUGACCAACCAUUAAUACAGAUUGGUAGGACACUGUUUGACAAAAUACAUGUUACCUUUUAUCGUACUUGAGGUAGGAAAACUCUAGAUAUUAUUUAGAUAUUAUAGGCUGUUCACAGCUAUUCCAAGCUACAGCAUUAGGAGUGUAUUAAAACAGUCUGGCCCACUUUCCUAUUUAUAACAACUUGUGAGACAUGACAGUGAUUCAAGUACCAACGGAAGACAUAUUGCAUAUACCCACACCCCACACCCCAGCAUGGAAUAUGACGGAACAAUAUUUUUAUAUAGUGAGAAAAUAGUUGCAAGGUUGAUUCUAAGACGUUAAGGUGUAUGGAUGGUCUGUGAACAUGUGCUGCAUCAAAAUUGGGUUAAUGUGUUCUUGGGUUAAUGUCUUGCAAUAAACAAGUCUAAAAAAACAGAGACUCCCAUAAAACAGACAUUGCUCUAUUUGCACCAUUUGUUUUCACAAGGAAAAAAACUGAAAAUGUUACAUAUCUAGCUAAAAGAAAUAACAAAGAUGUAGGCUACAUCAGGGCCUUUUUAAUUAACACAUUUAAUUAUUUAUUUAAAGUUUUGGAGCAUUACCAGUUUGUUCUUCAAUGCUUUGUAAAUCCUCAGUGAAUUUGCCCAUUGUGAUGUCUUUGUAAGAUACUGCUACAUUAGAAACCAAUAUGUGUUAAUUGAAGGUCUUUAUAUGAGUAUCUCUGUCUCAGUAGUUAGAUAGCCUUUGAAACAUGUAAGUGUCAUUAUCCUGCCUGCUUUUUUAUUUGGAUUAACCUCUGCAAAUGAGAGUGCAUGCUAAUGAAGUCUCUAAGCACGCUACUCUGCUAUCCUGAACAGUAUGUCUCUCGCAUUACUGUCACCAAGUACCUACAAACCAACCAUCUCGGCUUUGAGUGGCCGUUGGUGAAGUAUAGUACUUGAUCAAAAUGUACUGUUGCAACAAGACAUCUCUGACUGGCAAAACUCAUAUUUAAAUCAGAGGAUGCCACAAACAGUAUGUGUCCAUUUCAUGUCAACUGAUCAUUAAGACUUACCGAACUUCAUAUUCUGACUGACAACAACCUUCUUGAUACUAUUAUCAGCAAACUAUGGAGCUUUGAACAUACAUCAAUCUAGUAUGCUGGUAUAUUGCUUUCUGAGUGACCAUAUUGAUCCUGGGACAACUUAUGUGUUUGGACUUACAUAAACGGUCAUUCAUGCACCUUCACCAGGGACAUGUUAAUGGAGUAGUGCAAUGGAGAUUCAUAUUAUUGAUUUAAAUAAUCUGUGGACCACACAGUUUAGCAAACAAACUGAAGUCUUUAAUAUGCAUUUUCACAUCAGUGGUCACUUUGUUUUGUUUCGACUCUUAUUACUUUCAAUCUUUGUGUAUGACGCCUUUCUUUACAACAUCCACAUUGAUAUCAACAUCCUUACAAAGAUAUCAACAAUUGGGCAUUCUCAAAAUGAGAUGAUACUGAAUCUGUUUCUGUUUGCGUGUUUAUCAUGGCAGAUGUCCCCUAUUUAUAGACACAGUCUAGAAGAGUUGCUAUGCAGAAUCAGGCAUUAGUGUCUGCUGAUAAGUUUGACUCCAGGGUUACCAAGACUCAUGGCCAGAAGAUAAGCGAAAAGAACAAAUCACUCUAACCUGUACAUGUGUUGUUCAUAUCAUGGUGUUUAUGUCCACGCAUUGAACUGUGUUAAGAAUGUAUUUUUUUAAAAGUAAUACACGCAGCACUGGUCAAAGGACUGUAAGUACAGUAUUAUAGCCACAUUGUUUCGGAUUUUUCACAGCAGUUCACUCUACGUAUUGUAUUACACACACUCUCAUUAAUCAGUUUUCACAGUAGCCAGCUAGGUACUUUUAGCCCUGGCAUGAGGGUUUCUGACAGCCUACAAAUGACUUCUGAUAGGUGUAAAAAGCAGCCGACAGAGUCGGUUUCUGUUGGCUUUUCUUGAGCAGCUGUUUUGGCACGAGCAGUUUUCACAAGGGAGCCUAUUUCUGUUGUGUUUGUUCCCAAGAGUGACAGAGUUAUUCUGCCUUGUAGAGAAGGCUAUUGGAACUUGCUUCUACAUUAGUAACAUUUUCCAAUCAAAGGCUUUUUGCUCUUUUGUUUUGUUUCAGGAGCAAGAACAUUGUUUGAUUCACAUUAUAAACUAGUAAGGGUUAUGUACGGUAAAGGUCAUUAUUACUACAAUAUAGAAAUAUAAGUUUCCUGUUGAACACCAUGUUUUACUACAUACACUCAUUUGAUAAAAACAAAUGUAAUGUAAAUGUUUUAGAACAGGGUUAUGAAAAGAAACAAACUGAUUGUUUCACCUCUGUUUGGAUUGUUAUGUAUUUAUUUUGAAUAUACAAUAACAAACAAUUUAAGAAUGAUUAAUAUCCUAAAAUUUAAAUCUUCCUGAAUAACUCCUAAUUAUAAUACUCAACCCUGGUUCCCUGUGUUCAUUACCUCAUAAGAUUUCUUCUGAUGUUCAGUAUUCAACAUGUGUAAUGAGAAUGCAGCUAUUCUAGACUACAGCCAUGUCUUAUCUGUAACAAUUACGGUUCAAGAGUGCCCUUGUUAGAUUGCUCAAAUGACCUGCCCUCCUCCUUUUAUUGAAUAAUAGUCAACUAUUGAACAAGGCAGAAUAACCAUUCUCUGUUCUGAUUUGUUAAAAUAAUAACAGGGGGCAUGUGUCAUCCAUUGUAAAAAGAAUAAAAAGCUCAGGGCGACUGUUAUAUUUGGAUUGUAUUCCAUCAUGCAGUUA